GGCUUGCAGGAUGCGCAAAUAUGUUGCGUAACAUUUAUUGCACCUACACAGCGCGUGAGUCUGUUCUGCGGUCUGUAAUACACAUCCUGGGCUGUGCCUUCACAUCAUUUGCUCCGUUUUGCCGACACGAAGAAACUGUAGCAGAACAGUGGGAGAUGGUUUAGUGUAUUGUACACUGGCUUUUAGAAAAUGUGGGCGAGACCGCUUUAAAGUCGUCCCUCUGUUUUUUUUCCCCGACAUGUCAGGUGAUCGCCGACAUUUAAAAGCGCUGCUGGUUUUUUUGACUCGGACACAAACACAGACUCCAUUAAAGAGAAAUAACCGGGUAGUGGUAAGUGUUUUCAUAUGGAUUUUAUCAGCUCGGGACAUCUAGAUGUGAAAGUCCACCAACGUGCCACAUCAUUUAGUUUCUGUUGUGAAAACAAAAGCAAAAGCAUUACCAAGGGUUUGCCUAUAGCCCAUAUAAACUUUCCUCUGCAUUACCAUGGCGCCAGGACAGUUUGAGGAGAAACCACAGCCGGGUGACUUGAUAGAAAUCUUCCGUGGGACAUAUCAGCACUGGGGCAUAUGUGUUGGAGAUGGCUACAUCAUUCACCUGGCACCACCCUCUGAGUCUGCCCAAGCUGGUGCCUACAGCAUGAUGUCUGUGCUGUGUGAUAAGGCAGUGGUGAAGAAAGAGCAACUCUGGGAUGUGGCUGGCACUGACAAGUACACCAUUAACAAUCUACUGGAUAAAAAAUACGAGCCACGUCCCAUCCAUGUCAUCCUCCAGGAAGCACACAGCCUUUUGGGGCAGGAGCUGCCCUACUGCGUGUUCAGUGGGAAUUGUGAGCAUUUUGUAACAGAGCUGAGAUACGGGAAGAGAGAAUCUCGUCAGGUGCGGAAAGCUGUGGAAGUAGGAGUAGCAGUUAGUGUUGGCACAUUAAUUGGUGUAGGAAUUCUUGCUGCUGCAUCAGCCUUUUUUGGCUCAAGCAACAAGGAGAAGAAUAAUAAACAAUGAAACUUGAGAUGGGGAGCAGCUGUAAAGACAAACACCAGCAGGCCUUCGGGCUGGACCUAAAUCUUCCAUGCAGUAAACAGCCAACCACUAAAAGGAUCUAAUUCAGCAAACCAAUUGGAUUUUAACUAAGAACAAAUAUAUAUAUAUCUUAGGACUUCUUAAUGCAUUGUACUGCCCCAACCCCCCAAAAGAAAAAACAUGAGUUGGUCUCACAAAUUAGCUACAAGUGUUUAAGCAAAAACCAAUUUAGUUUACUUUAGUUUUACUUAAAACAAUGGGAUUUUGAUAAAUAAUGCUUUAAAACUAUGGUUUAGGGUAUAUUAUGGUAUACAAAAUGUUAAACUUUAAUAAUUUAGUUCAAGAAUGUAAGGUGAGAUGCAGGUCCAAGUAAUUUCUAAUAAAUCCUACCAUCAUCAGACAUCUAGAGGUCAGGUCUACAAGACGCUAUUUCAAAAACCAAACUGACCCUUGUUUCUGAUGAGCUACUAAUUUGAAUCAUGAUCAAGUUUAUAUGUUGGUGCCAAUUCACUAUCGAAUGUCCAACUGUGCUUUGACAUGUCUGAAUAAAGUUGGUUAUGUUUCAUUUAUACCACUAUUGAAUUCUCGAUUUUGAACGGCCACAUGUUGUUGAUUAAUUUUCUAUAGCAGCAGUUCCGACAGUAGUGAUGGCUGUAAUUCAAGUCACAGGUUUAUAUGAAUGCGCUUUAUAUUAAUUCAUUUAAAUGUUAUUGUUUCUGUUGUAACAAUUCAUAGGGACUUGUAUGGUGGACCACUGACAAAUGACCGUCCUCCAAAUAAAAAGAAUAAAAUGUGUUAUUACUUAACAAAUUCACUGUUUAAUUGUUUAUUUGGUGAUGCUUUCUGUAAGAUGUUUUCCACCCCAACAUAGUUUAACAUUAAGAGGUGAAGUUGUUUACGUUUUUUGCCAGAGGAGGGUCCACAACAUAAAAUGUAAGUAUAA